AUGGUGCACACUGCCCUGAAAAGCUGUUGCAUUACAACUCUAGGACAUUGGAAGCCAGAAUUCUCGGGCGAAAACAUCAAGAGAUGGGUCGCGGAAGCCAGCGGUAAAGUCACGACUACUCCAACCGACAGCACCACCCAUGCUGUCAUCACCACCAAAAUAUGGAAUCAGAAAGGCGCCGAACUUCAGGAGAUCCUCCGUCGCAAAGCUCAAGGCCAAGAUAUCCACAUCGUCGACUUUCCAUGGCUGGAAGACUCCCUCUCGAAGAAGGCUAAGCUCGCGGAGCACAAGUACUGCUACGAGAAGCGGGCGCGUGAUUUGGCGAAGGGUGCGGAGAAGCAAGCGGAGAAGGACAGACGGGAUAUGGAGAAAUUGAACAGGGCGACACAGCCGAAGACGGUCUCUGGGAUGUUGGCACAGGAGUAUCUGGGGCAUACGGAGCAGUAUGUCGAUGAAAAGGAGAAGCGGAGGGCACUUGAGAAGGCGAGGGCGGAGGAGAUCUCAAGAAAAGAGAGGGAGGAGGAGAAGCGGAAAGCGUUCGAGGUCCAGCGCGAUCAGGCGCAAUUUCGCGCAGUGGCGGAGGUAUUCAAGCGAGGAGUGAAGAAGGCGAGGAACGAGCUCCUUUCUGGUGAGUCAGCUCUGUUUGCGUUCGAACCCAACAUUUUGUACUGACCCAGAGCAAUCCUAGACAACCACCACAUCUACGUCGACUCCACUGGCUUCUACUACGACGUCGUCCUUACCCGGGUCAACCCUUAUAACAAGGAAGAAACAGAAGUCCAGGAACUGACUGUAAGUCAGCAAUCGUAGCCAUCAUCUUCCGCGAGGAAUGCUAACAGCUCACACACAGCUCCAGAUCUUCGAAUCCAACAAUGAACCACACACAUAUGCCUUCAACGCGAAAUGCACUGGCACCGCAUUGAUCCAGAACAACGUCAUCGCAGCUCUUGGAAGCACGUACAGCACGGCUUUCCGCGCCUUCAAGAAGGUCUUCAAAGAGCAUACUCAGUUCGAGUGGGAUAAUCGCUUCAGGGCUGCAGAGGAGCGGGAGAAGGCUGGACGCGAGCGACGCCCUAAACAGGGGCAGCGAGUCGAGUUCAAGGACAUGCCGUUCUUGUACCACCCGCCGACGUACGGUCCACUUGGCGAGGUGCCUGAGAAGACUCUAGCGCAAAUGGCUGCCGAGGCUAUUCAGAAGGCAUGGAGUGAGAAGAAGAACCAGUCUGGGGCAAGUAAGAAGUAUGUCAGGAGUGGUGACAUCGGCGCGCGGUCUGUGAAUUCGCGAAAUUCGUCGGGAGAUUCGGAGCACGAUCCUGCGGAAGACCUCCAGCGCCUUGAGGAAGAGGUUGAAGCUGAGGCGUUGGCGAAUGCGCUCGAUGCUCCAUUCGCUGCGAAACAGAAUGCCAGCCAGAGUGGGCCUGGUGCCUCCGACGAGCUUCCUGAAGACACAGCAUUGGGAAAGCGCAAGGGGGCACCGGGUGAGCCGAACGAGGACAGGUCGACUGACAAGAGAGCCAAGACCGCCACGGUUGAGGACCUGUACCCCUUCGAAUUCGGACCCGAUGAUGGCGCUCAGGACGACAGCACUCUUUUCGACUUUUUCGAUGAUCCUACUCCUGACUACGGCCUUGGCGAGGCAUUCCCGUCUUCUUGA